AUGUCGCAACCCACCCUGAUCAACCUCCCGCCACCCUCCAAUCCAGACACGCCGUCUGAGAUGCCCGGCACCCCUACGAGCACCACUACCUCCCUGUCCGCUCUCUCCACGACCGCUAUCAAGGAUGGCCACCGCGGCUACGCCCACGCUAUGGGUGGCCGUGGCCAUCACCACAGCGUCUCCGCCAACAGCCUCGAGGCCGAGCGCGCCGACCGCAUCAGCCGGCUCGCCGGUCUCUCUACCGUGUCUGGCGUUCGCGGGCCCCCUGCCGGCGGCGUAACCGGUAACCACAAUGCCGACUCGCCACAGACGACCCCCACCUCGACCGGCUUCCCCGUCAUGAACCACACAGCCGCCCCGGGAGGGCUCACGCCUGCCUUCUUCGAUGCGACCGGCCAACCAGUCGCCGCCACCAAGAUGAGCACCGUGGGCACCGCGAGCGCCACCGAAAGCGUCGGUGGGCGCACGUCAGCUACCGAGACGGCUGGAGAUGACCGCUACGAUACCCUGGGGGAACGUGACGAAGACAUGCUAAGCAUGGAUACCAACGACGACGAAGAUGGCGAGACGGCCGAGGAGAGGGGGAUGGAUUCGGCCAGCACCAGCGGCUAUACGGGCGGUACGGGUGAUGGCGCCGAUGCCGACGUCAUGGACGAGGAUCUGGAGAACCUCGGUACCCGCAGCUCCGUCGGUGGCUUCGAAGACCGCAUGUCGGACGACGGGAGUGUAAGCCUGGUCGGUUUCGGCGAAGGCGCCGGCAGUACGGUCAGCGGUCCCAUUUACCACCGCCGGCCGCUGCCCCUGGGACAGCAAAGCUCGGCUGGUGCCAUGGCUGGUAUCUGGAGCGCCGGGAUCGGGGCCUUGGAGCGAAGUAGCUCGGGGCUGAGUGACAGCGGUGCCGCUGCGGCAGCGCGGAAGGACACGGGGUCAGAGCGGGAGGUGGCCGGAGGCGUCGAGACCCCAGUUAGCCAGUCCGCCGUGGCAGAGAGACAAGAGGCUCGCAUGGUCGACGGCGUAGCGCUUGACGGGGCAGGGAGAACGGUCGCCCGCGAGGUGAACGGCAUUGGUGACGAUGAUGUCUUUGUCGACACCACGACGAGAGGCCCUGUUCCUGUCCAGCCAGCUAUUAGCGCAAUCCGGGAGACCCAGCAGCCAAACUCUCACCAACAAAUCUCCCAAGCGCAGUAUCUGUCAGCGGCGGUGGCAACAGCGGCAGCGGCAGCGACGAUCGCGACGACCGCGACGACGACAGACGCAACGUAUACGUCAAAUUCCCUCCGCGAAGCUGCGGAGCGCAUCGUUCGCGAGCGACUAGACGAGGGAGAGGCCCGCGUGGGCAGAACGGCCCUGGGAAGUCCAAAAGGGACAGAAUCUUUGGCGCGCUUCUAUUUCGAGGAACGCUAA